AUGACAAUCCUUGGCCUCGCCCCGGAGCUCUAUCCCACCAAGCCGGCACACUUCGACAUUGAGCGCGUCAUCCGCCCCAACAUUCUCGCCCUACACCCGUACCGCUGCGCCCGUGACGACUACGACGAGGGCAUCCUCCUUGACGCCAAUGAGAACGCACUCGGCCACUCCAUCCCGCCGGACGCGGACAUCGAUCCGGAGAUCCAAGGCACGUUGGGACUCAACCUCCACCGCUACCCCUCUCCAAGCCACGACCCGAUAAAGUCACGCAUCGCUGAGCUGCGUGGAUUGCCGGGGACGGAGUAUGUGUUCUUGGGAGUGGGCUCAGAUGAGGUCAUCGACCUGCUCAUUCGAGUGUGCGUCGCACCUGGGACAGAGAAGAUUCUGAUCACGCCGCCGACAUAUGGUAUGUACUCUGUGUGCGCACAAGUGAACGACGUAGGAAUUGUCAAGGUCCCCCUAGAACUUAGUGGAGAUGCGGGGGAAGGGGGGGAGCAGGGCAGAUUUUCCGUGAAGGUCGAUGAGGUGAAGCAAGCCGUAAGGGCCGACCCGUCCAUCAAGAUCAUCUUUCUCUGCUCUCCCGGAAACCCAACGGGAACGCUUAUUUCUCUCAAGUCUGUACGUGAGCUCUUAGAGCUUGAGGACUAUAAGGGUAUUAUUGUUGUGGAUGAAGCCUACAUCGACUUCGCGGACGAGUCAGCAAGUGCAGCCAGUUUGGUCAAGGAGUACGCCAACCUCUGCGUUUCCCAAACACUGAGCAAGAGCUUUGGUCUUGCCGCUAUCCGACUAGGCAUUGCAUUGGCCCACCCGUCUCUCAUCCAGAUUCUGACGAACACGAAGGCACCAUACAACAUCUCCACCCCCACCGCUUCCCUUGCCCUUGUUGCUCUGACCUCUGCUGCUGUGACCCACAUGCAGAAGAACGUUUCAACUCUCGUCAGUACGCGCGGGACUCUCCUCCGCGGGCUAGAAACGCUCGCACCUUUGGGCGUCGGGAAGGCCAUCGGUGGCAACGACGCGAACUUCGUGGUAGUUCCAUUCUUGGAGAAGAAUGGCAGCGGAAAGCCGGACAACGCUCGCGCCCAGACUAUAUACAAGACCUUGGCCGAGAAACUGGGCGUCGUCGUUCGCUUCCGCGGGAACGAGCCAGGAUGUCUCGGCUGUGUACGAAUUACGGUGGGGAGCGAGGAGGAAAUCAGUGCACUAUUGAAGAAGCUGGAAGGAUUACUGAAGACGGUAUAG